CAGAAAUGUUCGUUGACAUGCUAGCUAUCAUAUAUACAUACAGAUAUAUAGCCGGCCUAGCUAGCCUCUUUCUUAUUAAUCAGGACACAAUCUUCAUUCUUCACCUACCGAUCGACCAAUUCCAUCUAGCUGCGCUUCAAGCUUGAUCGAUCAAGCAAUUAGGCUAGUAUGGCGGCCGAGAAGGCCGAGAAGGCGAAGGUGCCGAACAAAUUAGUGCUGAAAGUGGACUAUGACGGGCCGAGCGAGCUGGUAGAAAUGUUCGUAGUUGUGGCGGGAUGCGAUGGCGUGAAAUCGAUGGAGGUGGCGAAGAUAAAAGACGUGAAACAAUUAACAAUUACAGGGAGCUUCGAAGGCAGUGAGCAAAUCAUGAGCAUGCUGCGGUGGGGGGAGGGAAACAAUUUUUGGUCGUCGUGCUGCGGCGGAGAUGCCACUAACUUUAAUCCAAGAACUGUGUCCUUUGGUCCGCUCACCGCCAAGAAAGGCGACGGCGGCGACAAGCCAAAGGACAAUGCAGACACCAAAAAGGAUGACGACAAGAAGAAAGCAGAUACUCCUCCUAAGCAAGCUCCCUCCCAGGCAAGUAGUAUACUCUAUGUGUUAAUCUCUAG